GACGGCCACAGUGCAGACGGCUGGCAUUCUCAGAGUGAUUCGAAACCGCAGCUGCUAUAUACUUCUGCUGGCUCUUCCGCUUUCUGGUGCUCCGUAAGUCCGGUCUUUCCUAAAGAAUACUGUGAUAUCACUGACCGCAUACACAGUCCUGCAGCAAGGACGAGCCUACCUUUGCUUUAAGGGAGCACCAGUGCUAACGAUAGGGCGAUGGGCAACACGGACGGCGGUGAAAGCCGCGCGCGCUCCGACGCGGAUGCGGAGACGGUGGCGGCAGAUCUCCGCGCCGACAUGCUGCCUGCGCGGAAGGUGUUCUGGGAUCCCGUGCAUGGCCAAAUUUUGUUACACCCGGUGUCCAUAGCCGUGAUCGACACACCCGAGUUCCAGCGACUGCGGCACAUUCGCCAGCUGGGGCACGUAGCCUACCUUUACCCGGGCGCAUCAAACAGUCGCUUUGAGCACAGCCUCGGCACGGCUCAUCUAGCUCGAAUGUUGGGCUCGCAUCUACGUGAAUGUCAGCCUGAGCUAAAUCUGAGCGACAAGGAAUUGCUUUGCCUCGAAUUGGCCGGCCUGUGCCACGACCUCGGACACGGCCCAUUCUCGCACUUCUGGGAGCACUUCUACAGCCGCGGCGCCCGUGACAGGGGCCUGAAACCUCGUUGGACCCACGAGGCAAUGUCGUGCAAGAUUCUUGCGCACUUGAUCGCUGCGAACGGACUGGACCGGACGUUCGGCGCAUGGGAGGCGAAAUGGCCCGGCCAAGGCCUGACAGCAGACGACGUCAAGCUGGUGCAGGGACUCAUAUUGGGCGACACGAACGGCGUCGAACCCUCCCGAUGGUUCCUUUUUCAAGUGGUCAACAACCGCGAUUCCGGAUUGGACGUGGACAAGUGGGACUACUACCUGCGCGACUGCCACGCCGUCGGACUGGCUUGCGGCUUCCAGUUCCAGCGGCUCGUUGGUAGCGCGCGCGUCAUCGAGCACGAGGGCCUCACGCGCAUAGCGUUCCGCGACAAGGAGCUCAGCAACGUGUACGAGAUGUUCCGCAUGCGCAGCACUUUGCACUACAACGUUUACCACCACCACAUGAUCAGCGUAUUCGAGGCCAUGAUCUGCGACGCACUGCAGCUGGCAGACGAAAAGGUGGCGUCACCUAGCGGCGGCGGUCGUCUGCGGCUGUGGUGGACGACGCACGAGGCCGGACAGCCGGACGCCAGCCGGCAGCAGGUCGAGGCCUUCGUCGCGCUCACCGACGCCUGGGUCGAGCUCUCCGUGCGCCGAGCCGACGCCAAGCAGCAGCCCGAGGUGCUGCGCGCGCAGCAGCUAUGGAAGGCGCUCGAGACCCGAUCGUGCAGACCCUGUCCGCUGUACCGCUUCUUGGGCAGCGUCCCCAAGAGCGACGACGGAGGGGUCAGCAGCAGCGAGGAGACGCUGCGCGAGGCCAUCAUGGCCGCGCUCCCGCAGGACGUCAAGCCCAAGGCGGAAGACCUCGUCGUGAAUCUGGUCAACAUCCACUGGGGCUGUGGCGAGGAGGAUCCGGUGAAGAAGGUGCUCUUCUUCCGCAAGGCAGAGCCCCGCCGAGCGUUGCACGCGGAACAACUGCGGGAUCAGUCGCCAGUCCUUCCGUCCCGUUUCCAAGACGCGCGCUGGCACGUGCUGCUUCGAGCACCGGCCAAGCCGGGCUUGGACGAGCACAUCGAGCACUGCCUUAAAGCGCUCCAGUGCCAGGAGUAAAUGGCGCUGCCAGUCGUACGAGCCUAAGUGUAUGCGAAUGUUACCCCCGCGGGGUGUGUAGUAGUGCGAGCGUGCAGCCCCUUAAUUCAAGUUAUUCUAGAGUGCUGGUAAAUAUACGGCAUGUAUCUGCGUUAGAUUUACCUACAUAUGUCGCGCGAUUCGUCGCGACGCCGCGUGCGCGACUGACAACAUUGCUGCAGCGAUGGCCUGUGCUGUCUCGCCUCCUUUCCACUUUGUGUGUAGUCUUAACUCUCUUGGACCCCGUUGUGAUCACUACUUGUAUAUGACCGCUUCAUUGCCCUUCGUCUCGAAUGAAACUCGGUGACAAUGCGUCCGUAGCGUACCUUUCGCCAGGUUGAUCGUUUAUAUCCCAGUGCUCGGAUGUUCAGAUGUUAGCAUCAUGAACGCGUUGUCACGUGCGAAUUCGAGAACGUAAGACGAUCCGUGAGGAAUGUGCGUUUAGUAACAUCCCAUAUCCGUAUGUAUCCAUCCUAUGAUUGGGCACUAUAGCGCCCAGAUGUCACGCUCUGUUGUGGUUAUCGUCCUUGAGGACUUCGUUUAUGACAUUCCCUAAAAUGUGGUGGAAAGUGACACAUGUAGUUUGAACACCGGUGUGCGAGCAUUCGUUUGUGCAUGCAGAGUAACAGUGUUAUCGACGAGCGUCUUGCGUGAAACCUGGAACAGUCUCAGGGAUGUCGUUUUGUCCCUUUUGGCGGGUCAUAAAAGAGAAAUGUGAUACGACGUAGUCGAAAGGGAGGGGGGGGGGGGGGGUUACGACGAGCCCGCGCGCGUCAUAGGACGAAAGAUAUAAAGUUCGACUCAGCAGCCAAGCGACUGCGUCACUCGUGUCGAAGUACACAGCUCAUGACUAUCUCAUUUUAAUAUGUUCCAAAGAAGGAAUGAUCAAAGCUAAUAUAUACUAUAUAAUAGUUUUUAUAUGUAACACUUCGGGUUCCAUAAUACUCUUAGAAAAAGAAGUAUACAGAAGGAAAAAGUGAUAUAUUUAAGAUGUCUUUCCAAGCCAUUUGUGUUCAUAUACGAGGUGUUUCGGCGAUUAUUGUCUCUAUGGGCGCGGCGCAAUCGGAGAUCGUUGUUCGAAACGCGCGUUCAGUUUGCACUUUCGAACAACGAUCUCCGAUCGCGCCCCAGUUUGAAAAAAAAUAUGAGAAUCUGAAACGAAACAAUCAUUUAAAAUUUACUCACCAAAAUUAAUAGCUGCGCUGGACAUCAGAAACAGAUGCGGCCCGUAAACGUCUAAAAUAAUUUCGCUAAUUAAAUGUAUAAUUGACUGCCUUAAUUAAUGUACAUGUAGCAACUGCGAAAUUGAAGGCCUUCUGUGCUGUUCAAGACAUGUUGGGAUACUGAGAGCAGCACCAAUUUCGAGAUAUAUAUCCUGAGCAUACCCUGAGUGCAUGUACCUGACGAAGAUUUUGUGGGAGCGUUGCUAUAGACGGUCAAUGCUACCUUGCGGGAAGGUUGGAGACGCAUAUCUGUAAGCUGAAGCUAGUCUCAGGAUUCGUACCAAGUGGGACAUAAUUUCCGCAAUUGCGACGUGAACCACUAAAGCGAUCAAUUGACGAAUUAAAACGUUAAUUCGUAAAUAAUGCAUAAUUUGCUUUUUUUUUUUAAUAUUAUCGCGCGCUGUUUCCCAUAUCCGUCAUUGCUAUGACCCGUUGGGCGGCCUCGAAUUCCUGACUUACAACUGGAGACAGUCGUCGCUGAAGCAAACGUUAUAUAAUGCGGGUUGUGAGAAGGUCAGUAUGUCGACCAUGGUAUUUGAACAGCAGAUAUUACUUAAUUACUUCUCAAAUGUCUGUCCAAUGUCUUUCACCAGCCCGUGCAAUAGAAGUCCCGAGAAAGCCUUGUGGCUAACUUCGUGUCAUCUGGCGCAAACAUCCCAGCCAGCCGGGCUCGUGCUCUCCGCGACGCGCGGUUACGGUGCGCCGAUGGCCUUCGCGGUAACGAGCGAAAGUGAUCGACAGGCCUGAACUGGUGGAUUUCACUGUGUUGUUCUGUAUGUCUGGUCUGCUGGAUUAAUAAAGUGCAUUGGCGAACA